GGAGGAGCCCCUGGGAGCCGCCGCUGUCUGCGUUUGUCCAGCUCCUGUCUGACGCGUGAAGAACGAGAGCGCACUUGAACUUGAAUCUGUCCGGGGCAAAUAGACGGCCGUGCACGCGCACACGCGCGCAUCCAGGCGGACAGAGCAUCUUUCAUCGCGUGCGUCGAUUGGAAGUAGCCUCAAACACUAUAGGAAACUGGGAAAUAUCGGACCUCCUCAGCUUGUUGGAAGAAAAGGAGGAGGUGUCACGUCUGCCUGCCUGGGUUCUCUCUCUCCUUUCUCUCUCUCCUACGUGUGUGUGUGUGUUUGCGUGUGUGUGCGUUUAAUGUGUCUCCCAAUCAGCAAGGCUAGUGCCGCUGGAGCCAAGAGUUGCCGCUCCGCGCACCAAUGCCAAAACGCACAGGAGGAGUCAGUGCCAAAGGGUCAUUUAGCGCACCACUGCUGAGAUGGAAGGACUGUAGGGAGCACACAGAGUAAACAGCUGCUAUUUGGCCCCUAGAUACGGCAAUCAUAGGCUUUUAAGAGAAAUUUCUGAAAAAAUAAACAGGGUCUAUUCUCUGAUACAGCGGUCGCUGCAGAGCCUUAAAAAAAUAAAUCCCACUUUGGCUCACUCCCACCCGCGAUCCAGGUGUUGCUCCCACGGCAGGACUCCCGCGCGGAUCUUCCACCCUCAUCACGCGGCGCUCUUCCAGCUGCUUGACGCGCGUUAAAGUUGACCCGUUCAGAGACUGUCUGGGGCGAAGAGAGAAGAGCGCGAUCGGACGGAGUGCGGAGGAGAGCUGCUCACCGACACCACGGUUCAAGCCGACUCCAAGUGCCGUUCACCGGGCGAUGCCAGAGUAAAUGCCGGGGCAAUGUCCCGCCGCAAGCAGGUGAACCCGCAGCACUUAUCGUUGACCCACAGGGAGACGGUCCAAGCGGAUGUCAACCAUGACUCAGGAGCGCAAUCUCCCUCUCCGGAGCCAUCCACCCCGAGUCCUUUGAGGAUGGGGCCCGGAGAGCACGAUCUCUUGACCUGCGGUCAGUGCCAGACCAAUUUCCCCCUCGGUGACAUCCUUAUUUUCAUCGAGCACAAGCGCCGGCUAUGCAGAGGCCCCGGCGGCAGACCUGGUACCUUCUCCAAGCCCGGGGAAGCUGGUGGGAUCAUGGGCAUCCCCAUCCCUCCAAGGGCCCGGUCACUGGAUCUUGGCAGGGGUUCGAUUCCAGUGGAGGUGGGCAUCCAGGUGACCCCAGGGGGAGAGGAAGAUGAGCAGAGGAGGCUGACUCCAGCUAAGGGGAUCUGCCCCAAACAGGAAAAAGGAGAUAAAGAUGAACCAUCCAGCUACAUCUGUACUACCUGUAAGCAGACCUUCAACAGCGCCUGGUUUCUUCUUCAGCAUGCCCAGCACACUCAUGGCAUCCGCAUCUAUCUCGACAACCAUCUGGCCAACUGCUCUCUCACUCCCCGCAUGGCUCUCCCUCCUCCACCGGGAGCUGAUGCUUUGCCUCGCUCCCCUCUCCCUACUUUCCUGGGUGACACCAACAACCCAUUUCACCUUCUACGUAUGGCGGCACCCUUGCUCAGGGAACACCCCCACCCAUCAGGUUACAUGGAGACCCGGCUCCCUGCAACACCACCUUUUGUCAGCCCUCCACCUCCCCCUAGACCGCCUCUAGAACGACUGGGUCCAGAGGAAAUGGGGCUGCUGUCACAGCACCCCAGUGCCUUUGAGAGGGUGAUGAGAAUGACCCCCAUGGAGCCUCCCUCGAUGGACUUCUCCCGUCGACUGAGAGAACUAGCGGGCAAUACGACCAAUAACGGUGGUCCCACACCCCCUUUGUCACCCAACCGUGUGCCACCCAUGCACCGCCUGCUUAGCCCAACACUUUUCCAGCCCGGUGCAAAACCACCAACAUUUCUCACCUACGCCCCACAACCACCCACAUCUCAGGGGGGGCAUGGCUCCUCCAGCCCUCCUGAUGCACAGGGUCAGAAUCAGGCCCCAGGAAAGUCCAAAUCCUGCGAGUUCUGUGGCAAGAUCUUCAAAUUUCAAAGCAACUUAAUUGUGCAUAGACGUAGUCACACCGGAGAGAGGCCCUACAAGUGUCAUCUGUGUGACCAUGCCUGCUCCCAGGCCAGCAAACUUAAAAGGCACAUGAAAACACAUAUGCACAAUAAGUCUGGGAACAUGACUGGAUCUCCAGAACAGGGAAGUCGGGGAGAAGAAGGAGAAGGUGAAGGGAAAAACAGAGAGGGGGAUACUAGAGUUAUGGAGAUGGAGAAUGAGGAAGAAGAGGAAGAGGAGGAGGAAGAAGAAGAUGAGGAAGAGGAGGAGGAGGAAGAGCUAAGGAAUGGAAGUCGACCAGAUUCAAACCUAAGUGAGGACUCCCAAGAAUUCAGUCAGAAUAGAGAAAAUGGUCCCAGACAGUCCCCUGUGGAGAAACCUAUGAGCGGGGACAGAGUUAAUGACAAUGGUGGAGUGGGCAUCAUGCACCCAUACAACCACCUGGACAAUCACCUUAGACUUAACCCUAACAAGAGAACCUUGGAGAGACAACCUAAUGGAGACAGUGGAGAGAGGAAUGAAGCUGAAAGAGAAAAUGACAGGGGACCAGACAGAGAGCGAGAGGAGCAAGAAGAUAUCAGGCCGAUGAUGAAUGGCAGGAUCAGUGUAAGUGAAGCGGAGUCCUUUCCUGGGCUCUUUCAGCGUAGGCCCACUCCUAUCACCAGCCCAAGCCCCUCCAACAACAAGAGAAUCAAGAUAGAGAAGGAACAGAUGGAUAUUCCCCCAACCAUACCUCUUAUAUCCCCAGAAAAUGUCUACUCCCAGCUGCUGGCUGGCUACGCUGCUUCACGCCACUUCAUUAGAGAACCUUUCUUGGGGUUUACUGACUCCCGCCAGUCACCGUUCGCCAACUCUUCUGACCACUCCUCCUCAGAAACUGGAAGCCUCCGCUUCUCCACUCCGCCGGGGGAACUGAUUGAAGGCGGCAGUGCAUCGGGGCGGAGCGGAAGCAGCACCCCUCACCUCCUGCGCGGACCUGGACCCGGUCGGCCCCCAAGUUCAAAAGAGAAGAGAAACGACACCUGUGAGUACUGUGGAAAGGUGUUCAAGAACUGCAGCAAUUUGACAGUCCACAGGCGCAGCCACACGGGGGAGCGACCAUACAAGUGUGACCUGUGCAGCUACGCCUGCGCCCAGAGCUCCAAGCUGACUCGCCACAUGAAGACCCACGGCCAGUUCGGGAAGGAGGUGUAUCGAUGCGACAUUUGCCACAUGCCCUUCAGUGUCUACAGCACGCUGGAGAAACACAUGAAGAAAUGGCAUGGUGAACAUUUGAUGGCCAGUGAGGUCAAACUGGAACAAGCGGACAGAGGUUAAGCCACCAGCGAUAAGUUAUAAAGCAUACAGUACACACACAUCCUUGUUCUCUUGCGCGCUCUCUUACACACAUACACAAUACACUCAUACAUGCACACAAAUCACAACACCACUUCUUCAGUGAUGGAGCUUGGCUGGAGUAUCACUCUCUUGAAAAAAAAAAUUAAGAUUGAUGUUUAUCAUUUUUUCUUGUCACAGAAACUGCCACCUGAGAAUAUUACCAAAUGGAAACUUUAAUAACUUGUCUGAAAUGCUCAUCUGGGUGUUUCAAACAGUCUGAGGAUUUUAUCAGUUAGGAAUCUAUGGAGCCUUUCUACUGUGCAAUAAUUUCUGUAUUUAUUGGAUUUUUGUAAUGAUAUUUGGCAUGUGCAGGUAAAUCUUUGUGGGAUUUCAUAUGGAGUUAGUUUUGAAAUGUUCUAAAAAAAACUUUUUUUUUUCUAAAACGAUAUAACUGAGAAGACGUCACCAUUAAUACGAUGUUUGACUUUUUCCUUUAAGGAAGCUUGUUAUCCUGUGAGAGUAAAUCUGUGUGAAGCAGUCAGCUUUUAAAAGAAAAAAAAAUAUUUGUUUUCUAUAUUACCUGCAGCAGCGGAUUACAAUCCAUUCCCUCAUACAGGCCUAAAGCACUGAAUGUCAGCCUGACAAUAAAACAUCCAUUGUGGAUUUUAAAAAUCCGACAUUAUCUUAGAGAUAUGGUAGGUUGGUGUUAAUUUAUUCAGGGAGCAUUGUCCUUUUAAAACAAUUGAAAAAAAAAAUUGGAACAAUUUCAAAAUGCAGUUACUGUAUUAGUGUCCUUAAAGCAAAAAAGGACGUAAAUAAAGGUUGCACUUAACAGAGAUACCCUUAAACUGAUGCUCAGUACAUUCCUAAUGUAGGAUUAAACCACCAUAUUUAAUAUGAUGAAUAGAUUAAAGACUACUUGUGAUUAAUGUGAGAACGGGAACAGUCCUUUAUAUGGUUUGUAAAUAUUCUUUUUUUAUAUGUUAAAGUAGCCCUGACUGUAAAUGAAAGAUGGCCUAAAUCUACACAAUCAAAAGACCAGCUGCUUACAUUUGCUACAUGUAGCUACCAUCCAAUGUUUUCUUUAUUAAGCCUAUCUCUAGUUCAUUGUCAAACAUCGUUUGGCUAAAUUUACUUUACCUUCAAUGCCACUCCCUCUUGUGUUUGAUAUGGAAACUCUGUCCCACCAAGCUGACUUCCUGUACCCCAUAAUGGGCCAAAACAUAACUCUUAAAUGAAAUCCAUAUCAAUGUGUGUUUGCAUUCCUCUCCUCUUUGCGGCAUGCUCUGAGUCUCUCUCUGACUGCAUCUUUUCACAGUUCAUCGACUCAGAUUGAUGCAUUAGAGCUGCAUUUUAAAAGGAGGCCUGUUCAUUCGCCUCACACAGCGAUACAGGUUUAACUCUGUAACAGAUUUUGAUACAGUGUGCCUGUACAUGUCUUCCGGGGAUUACGCUUUUUAUUCUCUGCAUCGUUCAUUCUAAAAUCAAUCUGGUAAAACUAAGGAAAAAAAAGGCAAAAAAAAGCCAUAUGAGUUAUGAUAAUUUGGAACACAGCUGCACUUGGGGAUGGUCGAGCGACCUUGAGUAGGGGCUAUUCUUAUGGCAAAAAUGAAAGAUUGGAGCUGGGAAAUGAAGAUGUGUGAGAAAGAAAUAGAGGGAGAGAGAGCAAGACCUUGACUGGGGAGAGUAGUCAUUCAAAUGAAAUUGGAAGCAUAUGAAACAUGUAUUUUUUUUUUUACCCAAAUGCACAUCUACUGACCACAUCUUAUAACAGACCAUCAUAGUGAGACAGAGCGAGCGUGAGAGGGAGAGAGACAGCGGAGCCACAUGAAAGGAGAAUGAGGCUACAUUUUUCAUUUCAGUGCUGCAGUCCUCAGCCAUAGAAAUCAUAAUCACUUGAAACUUUGACCUACCAUUUUGGCCUAUUGUCAGGUUUUAUCUGCGCCACUUUGCUUUGAUAGAAAAAAAGAUAUGCUGUGCUUUAAAUGCAAUUCCACUUCAAUUUUCUGGCAAAUCUGAGAAAGAAAGUUUCGUGUUCGCAAUGAGCUCUGCAUAAGCUACAUAGUUAAGUACGUUUUGGUGAAUUAACAUAAAAGCAACACUGGCGGGAGAGAGCUUGCUUACACGUGGGUCUGCAUGAAUGCAAAAAAGAAAAUAAAUCAAGGUGCUUUUUUAAACACGUCGUGUAUUAUUUCCCUCGUCCAGAGUGAGGCCAUGAUGAGCCAUGCAAACGCAUUCGGACGAUGAACAUUGGAAAGCUCAUAGAGACCCAGAUCACACAUGGACGUUCAGUCUUACAAUAUGUUUACAGUGUUGAAGUAUGCCAUUAAGAAAGUACUCUGUAUUAGUGUUGAAAAUUAUGCUAAAGUAUUUUUAUUUCUCCAUCUCUCCAAUAAUUUGGCAAUUUUGUAUGAUUUUCCUGGUGGAGGGGUUUAAUCUAGAUUAAUGUGUUUUUGUAUGAUUGCUUGUUCACUGUAUGGAUUUUCUUUUUUAUGUAAAUGCUCAGUCAUGGCAGAUUUUAUUUUUUUUUUCGAACAACAGUGAUGUCAUUUUGACUCCAGCUAUUUGUUUCUUUUAAAUAUAUUUUUUUCACCUAAAUUUUCUUUAUCUUGAGCUAUUCUUAGUGGAAAUAAAACAAAAUGAUUGAAAAAAAAUGAGAAAGAUAAAACUGAAGGAAAGACCUUCAGGUGAAUACAGUGGAUUUGUGCAGGAAUUUCUUUCCAAAUCAAUUUUAAAGGACUUUCUUGGACUUUCAUGGUCUUCUCCUCAUGUUUGGUUGAAGGUCUCGUGAUGGCACUUACAACUGUAAUUUUGGAUACAUUUUCAUAUUUCACUUUUCAACACUUUCACCUACACUCUUUGUACAAAAGGUUUCCUUGUUCCUUUUUUGUUUUUGUUUUAGGGAAUGGGGGGGCAUCAUUGUGAAAAAAAGUGUUUUCAGAACAGUAUACAUCUGCUGUUUUGAAUUGAACAUAUAUGUAUUUUUGUAAUGUGUUGAAAAAUCAAUACAAGAAAGCCAACACUUCAAUAAAUGUUGCAAUUGCUCUAUGA